AUGUUUGAAGUGCCUGAAGCAAAGAGGGUUCGAAGAGAAGAUCUGGAUAAAUCAGAUGAUGGCGCAGAGAAUUGGAGUGACGAUGGUGUCUGUGAUGUUGAGUUGCGCGCAAAACUGAAUGCACAGAUCGCAAGAUCAUUGGGGCUGGAAAUCUUGGCAGAACCGACCCCUGAAGUCGCGAUGAAGGACUGUUCUCUCGCAGGAAGCAAAGAAUCUCGUGAUAACGAUACUGGAGGAUCAGAGACUAUUUCUGCCGCCAAGGAUGAUGAGGGAGAGGAAUUUGUUUUUCGACUUUUCAGCAAAGCCCCACCAAGUCAAAAAGUCGUACUGGAGGAAGAUCCUGGACCAACAGGCGAUGGAACUUUUGUGAUCGGUCGGCCACUCACUUACUAUGUGGUUCAAAACAUCUCUGCAGAACGAAAGCAUGAGUAUACUCUAGCAGCAGUGAGUGGGGACCAAGUGUUGGCGAGAUCACACGGCAGGGCUUGGGGUCUCGAGGUUCCUUGGAGGGUUACGAAACUCGCUGUCACUCGAAACGCUAGGGCGAAUAAAAAACCACAGGAUGAAGUGGCUCAAACAAAACGGCGACCAGGAAAGAAACAACGGAUAUCCCUAAGAAAGCGAGCAAAGGAAAUGGAAGAGAGGAAAACAGCCGAAGUCAAGAAAUUGGCCGAGAAAGAGGAGCAUGUAAAAGACAAGAAGAAGAGAAUGAAUCGUCUGAAGAAGCUACGAAAAAGGGCAAAAGCAAAAGGACAGAAACAAGCAUUGAAAGAGGGAGAUGGUAAUAAUGGCUCUGAUGUAGGUUCGUCGGGUUCUGAGUGA